AUGGAUGCUGUUUUGGUCACUUUCUUUACUCUAUUCCUUUUUGGUCCUGUAACCCUUUUACAUUUGGGUUUAAAGGAGGGAAUGCCUCCUAUUAGAACUUCUGUAUCUGGGGUGGUCUCUGAGGCCAUCCAGAAAUUGCAACAAGUGUUUGCUUUCGGGGACCUGCCUCACAAUAUCAUACCCAUCAAAAAACCUCCUCAGUUCAUGCUGGAACUGUAUAGCCGAGUUGCAGGACCUGAUGGCAGCACCAGGGCACCUGGAUUACUGAAGGGCAAUGUGGUGAGAAGCUUCGAGAACAAAGUGCUGUCAGAGGUAGAAAGUCCAUUCUUCUUCUUCAAUAUUUCAUCUGUAAGAAACAGUGAGCGUAUGCUGAAGGCCGAGCUCCGGGUGUUUAAGUGGAAGCCUUUUGUUAUGGCACCUAGAUUCCAUUUCUGCAGGGUGGAUGUGUAUGAGCUCUUAGACAGCGCUUCAAGACCAUGGAGGGGAAACCUAAUUUCUUCCCGACUACUCCCCUUAAAUUCGCAAGGCUGGGAGAUGUUUAAUGUCACUCAAACAGUUUCCCGGUGGGUCGGAGAUAAUAGUACCAAUCAUGGUUUCCUUAUUACUUUCACCUUACCCUCUGGAAAUACCCUAGAUACAGAUAUCUUUGGCCUUGGAAAGCACAAGUUGAACAAAAGAUCUUACCUGGUCCUAUUCAGUGAUGAUGGCCGGAGAGGAGCACCCAACACAUUUAUACCCCCAACAAAUAUAAAGGAUAGAGACAUCUCUCUUUCUCCACCUGAAGUUUCUUCACUUUUACAACCAGCAUCAUACAAGUUCUCUCUGAGGGUAGAGCAUGACAAGAGCCGGAGAGCCCGGGAUUUAUAUCCAGACAGUCAUUCUUCAUGCCAGCGUAAUCCACUCUAUGUGGAUUUUGAGGACAUAGGGUGGGCUGGUUGGAUUAUUUCUCCAAAAGGAUACAAUGCCUACCACUGCAAGGGCACAUGCCUCUUCCCCAUGGGGCAAGGCUUGGGGGCCACAAACCAUGCUACUGUUCAAUCAAUUGUUCAUGCUCUCAAACUUAACACGGACGUUGGUACGCCAUGUUGUGUCCCAGAUCAGCUCAACUCAAUUAAUUUACUGUAUUUUGAUGAUGAAGAAAAUGUUGUACUGAAACAAUACGAUGACAUGGUGGCUGUAAGCUGUGGCUGUCAUUGA